AUGGCUCAUCUCGUGGACAAGCAAGUUGCGGGUCGGGUGGUACUUCAACCGGCACCCACUCUUGAGUCAAGGCCUCGAGUAAGCUACUCGUUUCACGACUUGGUGAAGCUUGAGAAAUCUGAAAAGGUGGAGCUUGCACGUCAGCAGUCUGAUGGAGACAAAAGAAGACACCCUCAGAGGAGCCGCUCUGGGUCGAGACCAAGCCUUAAAGCGAGUGAGGCUUGGCCAAGAGACUACAGCCCUGGGCGGCCAUCACCGUCGCUCUCGGGCAGUCGGGCUUCAUCAGCCUUUCACCACUGGUCUUUCCCCGAGUUUCUCGAGGCCAGAGCUGAAGAUCAGAGUCGAGAAAGGGAGGUCCAAGAAUCUUUCCUGAUCUCCUUCGACAAGACGCACUCAACUUUUCACCUGAAGGCUGGCACGUCGCAUUAUGCCUUUUGUGUGGACCAAUACGGUGCUUUGGAACAUUUGCACUAUGGCAACUGGGUCGGCAUGCAUGACUUCACCUUUCUAUCGGAGACUGAUCCGGCCUUGACAUUCGAGCCUGCACCAGCUGGUACACAGUACUCCAUGGGAGAGCUGCUCCGCAUGGUUGAGGAUGAGGAUGACAUCGAUCCUCAGCAGCUGUGGAGUCUGGCCACAAAUAUGAAGAGUGAACGUGGCGGAGAUUGGCACAUGGCAAGGGUGGAAAAUCUUACCUGGCGCUUGCGCAACAUGUGGAGCAAGAAUGGCCAGGCCUCGCCCAUCAGACCUUUUCGGAGCCCUAAGACGAUCACAAUGUAUAUAUAG